AUGUCACCCAAUCAUCGAAAGUCACUCAACCUAUUGGUGUCGGUGAAGGCGGUGGCAGACCAUGCGGUGGACGACUAUUGGCUGUUAGUGCCGACCGCAGCCACAGUCGGCCCGUCAUUGGCCGCCGCAGUUGUGACGGUCUAUGAUCUGAAGCGUCACGUGAUUGACACGUGUUGUGCGGCCAUCGAUCGCACAGUCGAAGUGGAUCUGUGGCUCAACGACGGCCUACUCGACGACCGCACGCCUGUCGACCACAUAUUGGCCAACAGAGACCGCAUUGACGUCCGACCCCGCGGUGGCGAAGGGGGCGCCGCCGGCGGUGACGGCAGUGGUCAGCCUUCAUCCAGUGUCCAAUCAAUGACCGCUGAUAUAUACGAAUCGGACACCGAUUGGCGCGACAGAGACCACACUUAUAGAGCGGGUCGUCACAGACAGCCGUCACUCGUGGCCAACAAUCGUCUCAAUGCGCUGAAGAAGGAAAUACCGCGGACAUUUGUGGCCAAUAUUACCGCAGAUAACGCCAAUCGCAAGAUACGAGUGCCGCCAGUGGUGCCAAUAAUCAAUACCGGUGCGAAGCCGAAAGUGAGGACAACAUUACGGGCCAUAUCGAUGCCGCCGACACCGCCGCCAGAGAAGAGGUUGGCGAUGGACGCGACCGCCGCCGACGGACGCAAUGGGAAGGCGUCGUACGAAACGAUUGUGUCGAUGGCCCAGACGUUUGUCGACCAAUAUGUCAAGCGAUGGUUUAAACGAUACGUUAAACGCCUGCCUAUUGGCCAGAGGGGGCCGAUAGCAGCGGCGGCGGCGCAAAUGGACACAUCACAUGAAGUAUACGAUAAAUACGCCGGAAUGGACAGGAAUUACAACGUAAAGGUCUCAGACCAGGACAGACCGGCCGAACUGGGCUGGAAAGGGGUUAACAUAGCGGUUGAAAUCGGGAAUAACAAUUGGGUGGAGAAGUGGUCGCCGACAGCGCUGGUGCCGGCACUCAUUCGAACGAUGGGUGCGCUCAUGGAGUCGGACCGGCGUUUGAACGGCGGUCUGACAUUCGCCGUGAUUAUGAAUCUGCCGAUCGGUCACCGAUUGGGCGACUAUUAUAACUACGAGUUGCAAAUGCAAACACUGACCGAUCGGAUUGCGGUCACAAUUCGCCGACUGAACGCACACAUCGCCCGUAUGGCGUGUAAUGUGGCGCCGGUGACCGUAUGGGCCCAAAUCAACAACACUACCUCUGAAGCCGAUAUGUCGGCCUUCAUUAUGAACUGGUUUCCAGUGCCGUACCUGACGACUGGCCCUCGAGAACUGGUCAAUAGACGCAACGCACGGCUAUUACACUAUUUAGUACUGGAGCACGAGUUGGCCGCCAAUCGGGAGGCUCUUUGGUAUCACAAGUUUUUGACUAAAACUUUGCACACAAUCUGUUUGCGUUGAUUUAGCCCU